AUGGAGGAGAACGUGGGCAUCAAGGAGCCCAUCCUCACUCCGGUCGAUGGUGUCUACGUGUGGACGACGACGGUGAUUCCACCAAGCAGAGAGGGCGAGUACAGCCCCGCGAACGUGGAGGUCGCUAUCCGUCCCACGCUCGGCUACGUCAAGUUGGCCGCAGCUCGGCCAGAGAUCAAAGCGUCUCCACGCCGCGUGCUACUUCGCACCGUUGAGGCGCCCGUGCCGACCAGCAGCAGGAGCGAGAGCCUGAUCAUCCACCUCGACGAGCUGCGCGUGCAGAGGCGAGCUCAGGUGCCGCCGGCGGCCACGGACCGGGAGGUGUGGGUGGACCCGCUGCCGGAGGAAAUCGACAUGGAUGACUGGAGAGAAGUGUACGGCACGGUCGAGGAGGUGUACCGCGUCCCGGACCCGCGAACGGGGGCACCCGGCGACCAGGGUUACAUUCUGUUCGAGGCGCACGAGUCCGCCGCCAGGUGCGUGGAGAGCGGCACGGGCGUCUGCGCGCUGGUGCCGGAGCUGGGGCGCAACAUCGGCACAAGCAUCGCCGUCUGGGCCGCGCGUGGCGACACAGCCGUCCGUCCGGUGUGCACCUGCGAGCCCACCCUACAGCGCCCCGACCUGAGCUGUGACUGCUCGGGGCCGCGGGCUGGCGCCGAGGCGGGCCCCUCCACCGCCGGGCUGGUGACCUGCGUGGUGGGUGCGGCCCUCGCUGGCGCCCUCGCCGGCGCUGCGGGCGGCUGGGAGGCUCUCAUCCACGAGCACAUCGUCGUGGCCUUGAACCCUGCCGCCCCCGGCGCCGCCUCGAUCAUCACGGUGGAUGGCGACGAGAUCGACGAGCAGCUCCGCAGCACGGCGGACGUGCGCCACUGGGACGUGCUGCCAGGGGCCGCGCUCGGGGGCCAGGCCGGCGGCGCCGCCGGAGGCGCGCCCGCGCCGGCCCCAGCCGCUGCCGCGGCGGCAGCCGCCAGCGCCCCUGCCGCCCCCGGGGCUGAGGGGGCUCUCGUGGCACCUGCCGGCCCCGCCGCGCGGCCCGUGGUGAUGACCGUGCCGGGGGCUGCCGCGGCCCCCACCGCUGGCCCCCUCGCUGAGGGGCCCGCGCCCGCGGGCCUGAGGGCGGGGCCGCCACCCGCCAGCCCCGGCGGCGACGCCCACAUCUCCGCCAUCGUGAGGGAUGUACGAGGUGGCUUGCACGCGGAUUUCCGCAUCAUGGUGGUGCUGAUGGUCGGGCUUCCAGGGCCUGAGCGGACAGCGCGCGGGCCUCGCACGCUGCUGAGGGCGACGCGGUAUAUGGCGCACCGGUCGGUGACUCCGACGGCUCAUCACCAGCAGCGGCUGGCAAAGAUGGGGCUCGGCCUAGAGUCCCACGGCGUGGAAAUCUACCAGAUCGGGUGCAUGGUCAUUGAGUCGGCCGUCGCCUGCGACGCGGUGCACGUCGCGAACUUGGGGCACCUGGAGCUCGCGGCUCGUUCGGCGCAGGCGCAGAAGGAGCUGCGGCGGGAGAUGGCAGCGGCGAAGGAGCGGAGGAAGGCGCGCGUGGAGCACGCCCUCGCCGGUGGCGUGCCAGCGCACGCCUUGAAUUACCUCUACGGCGACCAGUCCUCGCCCGCGCCGACGCUGUCUGCCGGGCAGCGCUGCGCCGCCGCUCGCAUCUGGGGCUCGAUCGUCGCCCUCGGCCCUGAGCCGGAGGCGUGCCGUGACGACGUCUCAGACCCCAACGGGGCCCUCCAGGACCUCGUGGGCACCAUCGGUAGAGUCGCCGAAAAGUGGGGGUACAAGGUCGAGGGCGAGGCUCAAGCAAGGAGUAGGACGGUCGGGCUCGACCUCGGCGUUUCGUCCGCGCCGCUCGGGGACGUCGUCGCCGAUCUCGGGGAUGGCGCUCGUGCGCCUGGUGAUGGGAUCGAUGACUACUCGUCGUUCGCGGAGGUUCAGGGCGGGGCCCGCGUGGGCCCGUUGGAGCUGCAGUCGCCAGGGCCUCUCGGCGAUUCCGAAAAGUCGAUCCUGGACAUGCGACCUGCCGUGGACUUCGAUGAGGCGGGCUGGUGGCGCAUGCGGCUGCUCGUGUCGCUGCUGACUUUGUCCCAGAUCGUCGUGUACGGCGCCGGGCGCCGCUUGGAUUGGACGAGCCAUGCGAGCCUGGACCAGGCGCUGGUGGAGUUCAUGGACAACGAGUUCCUCAUCGGCACCGUCGGCAACCAGGGGAACGGUCUCUUGGCGGCGGUGGUGCACCUCUUCGGGUCCUUCCGCAUGCGGACCCGCGUGCCGCUGGCAAAAGCUCCUCGAGCCGCAGCGGCAUGGUCGCGGCGCGCUCGGGCCUUGCCCCGAUGGCUGCUGCCGCGCCACGUGGCGCCCGCCUGGGUCGGCCUCCUGAUCCACGACGGCCCUCCCGGGCUGGCCCGCUGCAUCCUCGUCGCGUUCGCCUCGUACCUCAGGCACGGGGAGGCGGCGAAGCUAUGCAGUCGCCACCUCGUUGCGCUGUCCGAGGCGGCGGGCCCAGGCCACCAGUUCUCCGGGCUGCUCCUGCGCGAGGGCGGAGAGGGGCCAGGCAAGCCGGGCGUGAGCGACGAGUUGUCCACUACGCCCUCGGCGCCGCUGUGGGGACAGGAGAUGAGUCGCCUCGGCACGUUGUUCAGCCUCGCGGGUCGGCCGCUGUCGCUGGAUCGCCUUCGCCCCCACCUGUGCAGCCUGCGCCAUGGGGCAGCCUCGAACGACAUGCUCUCCCAGUGGCGUCUGCUGGCCGAGACUCAGCGGCGAUGGCGUUGGCGGACUACCAAGAGCUUGAACCGCUACACCAGGGAGACCAAGCUCCUGGACGGGAUCUCCUUGUUCCCGCCAGAGGUCAUGGAGCUCGGGGCCUUUGUCGAGAGCGGCCUCGUGGCGCGGGUCAGCGGCCGCCUGCCCGGCUGGCCGGCGACUGGCCUCGUCCCGGCCGUCGUCGCAGCCUUGCGCAAGGCGCCGGCGCCCACCUCCCAGCGCGGCCGCUCGAGAGGGCGGGCGGCCCUCAGGCCACCAGCGGCAGACUGGGCACCCCAUGCGCCAGUUGGACGCGCGCCUUGCGGCGCCCGCUCAGAUCUGACAGCCAUCCGCUUGGGCUACCCUGCCUCUCAGUGGCAGAGCAGGCCCGAGUGGCUGCCGGUGCACGAGGACAUCCGGGACCGCCGGAGCCGCCGCCUGGACAGCUCGCCGCGGCGAUUCUGCGAGUCCGAGCGGGCGAUCACCAGCAUUCCAGCCUACCGCGCCAAGUACGGCGUGGAGUCCGCGUACCCCGUCAGCGUCGUGGCGCGCCUUCAGGGCAGGCGCGCCCAGCUGCAGCAGGAUCGGCCCCCCGGCGAAGCUACGGUCAGAGAGUGUAGGAAACAGUGGCAGAAAACCCUGUCGCUGUCAGGGGUGCAGGUUCUUAGCGUCAAGAGGCCUCUGCGGAGGUGCCCCGGAGUUCUGCAGGCGUGCACGGCGGAGGGACACAACGGCUACUCCAGGCUUUCCCUCUGCCGACCCCGCGCGACCGGGGUGCCGUCGUGCAUCUCGGGGACGGGCGCCGGGACGUGCGCGCACGUGCGCUCUCGCGGGUUCCGAGGCGGAGCCUCGCGCGAGCGCUCGUGGCGCGAGGGCGACCUCGCGAAGGCCGCGAAGGGAAGCGUCCUCCAGGCGCCGGGCGCCGCGCGGCCGCAGGCAGGCCUCCGCGGCCCACCGGCGGACGCCGGGGCAAAGGCGCGCGCCCACCGCCGCGCCCGCCGCGGCCGCACGGCCAGGGUCGAGGCUCGUGGGAGCACGUGUAUCGCGGGGGCGCUAGUGGCUUCGGCGGCUGGUGUGCUCAGCGACAAAUGGUAUCACACCGCGUUCGUGGCGUGCUCCGUGGAGGUGCGUCAGGGCGUGCCCGGCCCCGGCCGGGCGAACUUCGGCAUCCGCAGGGUUCCAUUACCGCUGUAUCCAGUGUGGCCGGCGCUGCGCCGGGACCGUGCGAGAGAUGCGAAGCUGCAGGCGCAGCUGGGGAGUGCAGCGUGGCAGACUAAGGCGUUGCAUGCCCGGGUCCUCUCGGAGAGUGCGACGUGGACGCGCCUGGAGCCAGCGGGCGGUCGACGCCGCGGGCGACGGCAGCACCAGCGCCGUGCAUGUAACCAGAGGGACCUGGGGCAAGAGGAGGAGCUGCGAGGUGGCACUCUCAACGUGCGGGGCCUCGACUGGACGCGAGUGGCUGCCUUCGAGAAGUGGAAGGAGGUCAUCUUGGGCGCCCGCAGAGCUCUGUGGGACUGCGUGGGCCAUUCAGACAUGCAUUCUCCAGAGCCAGCAGUCGUUUGUGUGGAAGAGUUCGUCGCGGUGUCUGGCUUGCGCAGUGCAGUUUUGCUCAACAGGACUUGCGCGAAGGCUAUCCGGGCAUACACGGACCACAUAGCCAAGGAGAUCCGGCUCCGCAUUGCCGAACCUCGCGGCAGUCGUUCCUUCGAGCGGGAGACCGCAGACUGCAAGCCCCCGAUCCGGAUUGGUCUUAUGAAGGGGCUGUCUCCGAGCGCCGUGGCCCGCCGCGCAGAGUUUGGGGGUCGUGUUCGGACAGCGGCCGAAGCUUUGCCACCGCUGUCUCGUUCGUGGGAGUGCCUGUCCCGGUGCCUCGUGGAGGCGGCGGAGACCGUGGUGGGCAGAGGGCGACCACCCAAGUUCGGUGGCCGCAGCCGGGAGGCAGCUACAGACCGAGAGGCGCUGAUCGCUUCGUUGGAGACAGUGCGAUCAGCCCAAGGAUCGCCCAGGGAAGAGGCAGCGCGCGCCAGACACAGAGCGCUCAACCGACAGGUUCGCGCCAAGCACCGACGCUGGACAUGGGAACGUAUCGAGGACACCGUGAAGACUUUGUCCGCCGCGGCGGCGUGCGACGACACGGGCAAGCUCUUCUCCACGAUCAGAGUGCUGCGCAAACAGCUGGCCAAGCAGAGCAGGGAAGGGCAGGAACCGUACGCGCUGGAACAGGCUCGUAAGCACAUGCUGGGCAUCGCGGGAGCGCCGAACACGGUUCCGGAGGCGCUGUUCGCAAGUUUCCCGCCCCCUCGCCCAGUUGCGAGCGCCCUUGGGGGAGCUCCUUCUCGCCGGGAGGUAGACGCCAACAUCGCCAAGAUGAAGGGCAGCGCUGGCGGCAAGGACGAGGUCCGAAUCGAGAUGGUGAAGGGCGCUCCACACAUUUUCCGGGAUGUGCUAGCGGAGUUGAUUCAGAAGAUGUGGAUAACAGACCCAGCAUUGUGGGAGCAUCAGUGCGUCGAGGCUCUUGUCAAAUUGCUGUACAAACGCAGAGGAGACAAGAAGGGCCUCAACAACUGGCGCGGCAUAUGCCUGCUCUCGAUAUGCUCGCGCAUGGUGGCGCGCAUAGUGGCUUCCAGGCUCACGGCGUGGAGCGAGUGGGAGAACCUCAUUUUGCCUGAGCAGUACGGCUUCCGGCCCAACAGGCGAACGCUCGACGUCCUGUUCGCAGCUCGCCUGCUGGUCGAGAUGGCCAGUCGCACUCUGUCCCCCGAGCCUGCGGAGAGGGUCGCGCUCGUCUUCCUGGACCUCAUCAAGGCGUACCCGAAUACCCCUCGCAAUGCGCGUUGGGCAGUGCUGGACAAUAUGGGCGUCCAUCCAGCGAUGCUGCGCGUCAUCCGCGGACUACGCGAAACGACGAGCUGCCGGGUGGAUGGAGCGCAAGGGCGGUCGGAGACGUACAAGCUGCAGCGGGGGCUGAGAGAGGGGUGCCCGUCAUCCUGCAUAAUCCUCAAUCUAUACCACAGCUGGGUCAUCUCGCAGGUGCAGGCUCGCAUUCGUUCCGAACUCGGACCCAAGGCGGGGGUGGCCGUGCAGUCCAUGGGUGAGCAAUGUGUGUCGCAAUCGCUGCGGACAGCUGUGGGGUCCGCGCGCAGGCGCCUCCUCCGCGAGGUGCCGACGUCUCUGCAUCUUUCUCGGCUGCUUACGCUCCUCUUUGCAGAUGACGCAACGAUGCUCUCUCGGGAAGCCCAGAGAGACGACAUCGAGAGACUCGCGAUAGAGGUCAUGCGCGACUGGGGCGAGACAGCCCACCCGGGCAAGACAGAAAGGCUCCGCUUGGGUCACCCGACCGAGGAUCCCGUGGCCGACCCCGAUGUGGAGUUCAAGACGGCAGUGCGGCUCCUGGGGGGAUGGUUCGAAGCUACCAGCGGGCUGGGUGUGGACGCGCAGGGUGUGUGCCUGAGCAAGGGGGCCGGUAUCUCGAACAUGCGGGGUCAGCGCAACAUGGCGGAUUUGCGGGCCGAGUGCGGUCUGCACCCCGUCGGCGCAGUGAUCAAGAAGCGGCAGCUACUGUAUUGGGGGCACGUGGCCCGACAGCCUCAUUCCCGAUUCGAGAAGCAGCUCCUUAACGGUUGGCUGGUCCUAGAGGAAAAUCGCACGGCGCCAGCGACCAGCUGGGGCAACCGCUCUUUCCGGGCGUACCUGGAAACGGUGGUGGGGGAGCUGAGCGAGUGCGAUGCGAGGCCGUGGCAGAUCGUCGCCAACGAGUCUGUGCGUGCGCACGGAGACACUUGGAAGCAGCUCGUCGCCAGAUGGUUCACUGACGCCAUCGCGGCUGACCGGGUCACGUCCUACGGGCACCAGCCGCAGGCAGGGCGCAAUCCUCCCCCUCCGCCUCCGCUAGUCGACCCAGGGUCGCCGCCCAGGUUCUCAGCAGCUGGUCGCCGAUUGAAGAAAUGCCACGACUGCGAGGGGUGCUUCGGCAACCUGCCGUUGCACGUGCUCGGUUGCCCUGCGCGCGCAGUUCCAGGCGCCAAUAGACCCAGUCGCGCCCGCGGGCGGCAGGCGGGCCAGGCACCCGUUGCCGGGCUUGAGAACUGCCACCAGUGCGGCAAGCUGUUGGCCGUGAACCCGGGGGCGCGGGCCGGGCACGAGAAGAUGUGCAGUGCAGCUGCGGCCAAGAAUGUAUAUGAUAUCCAUAUGGAGGGAGUCCGUGAUCGCCGUCGGCGGCGCUUCCCUGCGGCGGAGGUGGCCCAGUGGUCUUGUGGUCCGUGCACGUCCUGCGGUCUUUUCUGGCCAGGCGACAAAGUGCUCCGGCAGCAUCAGGCCAUGUCUGGCGAAACGUCAGGCGGCUGGCCUCCAGAUGCCGUGGCGCUGCCGCUGCCAAUCCUGCUCUGCUUCCUGGCCUUGUUCUUCUCCGCUUACAAGGUCGUCUACACCUACAUGGUCCUCCUGCUCGCCUACCAGAUCGCCUACUCCUACGUGACCUUCCUCUUCGCCUACCGGGCCGUCUUCACCUUCCUGGCCCUCGUCUUCGCCGACCAGGUCGUCGACUCCUCCCUGGCCUUGUUCUCUGCGUACCGGCCAGGUCGGGCGGUGCGGUGCUGGCCUGGCCACGGGUGCUUUUCAGCGACGCUCCAUCGUGCUGGCUGUGGGCGGUGGUGGGACCAGGGCGACCAGCGCCUGGUCUUCGAGCGCCCCGCGCAGCUUUUCUGCCUUGAGCACGGUAUCCAGCCUGACGGCCAGAUGCCCUCUGAUAAGACGAUCGGAGGCGGCGACGAUGCCUUCAACCCGUGCUUCUCCUCGGCUGGCGCCGGCAAGCACGUUCCCCGGAGUGUGAUGGUCGACCUGGAGCCCACUGUGGUCGAUGAAGUACGCGCGGGGCGCUACACCAUCGGCAAAGAGAUCGUCGACCUCGUGCUGGAUCGGAUCAGGAAGUUGGCCGACAACUGCACUGGCCUCCAGGGCUUCAUGAUCUGCACCGGCUCCGGGCUCGGCUGCCUGAUGCUGGAGCGCUUGUUUGUGGACUACGGGAAGAAGACGAAGGUCUCUUUCACCGUGUGGGCGUGCCCGCAGGUCGCCACGGCAGUGGUUGAGCCCUACAACGCUGUGCUUUGCGUGCACUCCUUCCUGGAGCACACAGAUGUCACCAUCAUGUAUGACAACGGCAUGGCAUGGCAGAGGCUGGUGGAGGUGACGGACAGUUGCGGCCCGACCCGCUGCUUGCAGCGACACCUAGAGGCAAUGGGCUUCCACAGGGGCACCCACGCGGGCGAUUGGAAGCAUGGCGAGAGGCACUUGCGCAUCGACGACCGCAGGGGCAGAGCGGCGCACGUGCUCCGCGAGGCCUGGCGGCAGGAGCGCUGGGGCGCCUUCAAGGCCCAAGGGGCGACGAGACGUGACAGCAGAUUAGCUGUGGAGGAAGGCGUCGCCUUCGAUGAAAGAGCCUUCCACGUCGCGACGGAAGUGCUGCAGUCAGGCGCGCUUGGCAGCCAUGCGCUGGCCGUGCUCACCGGGGCCAUGUGGAGCGAUGCCAGGCUGGAUGUGGCGAUGGGCAGAGAGCCGCGCCCGUGCAGCGAUUGCCCGAGCGGCGAGGUGCCAGACGUGGUCCACCAUUGGUGGCGCUGCGACAGGUGGGCCGGCAGGAGGAGAGGUAUUGCCACGCCGCGGAGCGCGCUGGCCAGACGGAUGGGGUGGCCAGAGGAGGCGCUCCAGGGCGCAGACGCCCGCCGGGCAUGGCGGAAGCAGCUCGAGUACAUGGCUGGCGUGCGCCAGAGCCUCGUCGAGGCCAGUUUCGCUGGCUUGGUUUUCCCCAUGUAUGACAACGAGGCAUUGUGCGAUAUAUGCCGCCGCAAUCUUGUCAUCGAGCGCCCUACUUACGCCAGCCUGAACAGGCUGCUGGCGCAGAUCAUCUCCUCGCUGACAGCGUCGUUGCGCUUCGAUGGUGCUCUGAACGUUGACAUCGCCGAGUUCCAGACGAACUUGGUGCCCUACCCACGUAUCAUGCUCUCCAGCUAUGCACCCGUGAUCUCUGCGGAGAAGGCGUGCCGUGAACAGCUGUCAGUGGCGGGGAUCACCAUGUCCGUCUUCGAGCCCGCAUCCAUGUUCGUGAAGUGCGACCCUCGCCAUGGCAAGUAUAUGGCAUGCUGUGUGAUCCUGGCCGAAAAGUCGGCGGCGGAGGGCAUCGAGGCCAAGGAGGUAGAGGGGGCCUCCAGCAGACGCAAGUGUGCCGUGACGGCGGUCCGUGGCAGCCGACCCAGGGAGUGUAGAUUGCGGAGUCUUCAGAUCGAGCGUGAGGUUCGUGAAGCUCGUGGGCGCGAUGCUGACGAGGAUCUGCGAGUCAGGAACGUCACGAUCGCGACGUGGCACGUGUGCCGGCUGCCAGUUGGCGAGGAUGCUCAGAAGAGGUUCUUCGAGGUGAUUGCCCUCGCGGAGAGCCAGAAGGCAGCCAUCUGGAUGAACGACUCGUGGGCCAGUGAGUGGGAGAGCAACGGCAGCAAGUACCAGGCGAGCCAGCGGGUGCUCUGGGCCGACUUCCCCAACUUGCGCCUCGUUGCUGUCUACCACCCCUUGUGGAAGGAUCGCCGGGCGCUUCGCGACGGGGUUCGUUGGGGGCUUGAGGAUGCAGUUCGGGGCUGUCCGCCCGAGUCGUGGUCCCUCGUCGGUGGUGAUUGGAACUCCCAGAUGGGCUUAUCCGAGGAUCCGUCGUCCUGCUUGGGGCGGUAUGCCACGAACGUGCAGAACCAGGCCGGGGCCGAUCUGGAGCAAUGGGCUGCUGGAAUGGGUUUCGCGUUUGUUGAUUCUCAUUUCUCUAUGCGCCACAGGGGCACGUGGCUUCGGGAACCAGAUCUUGCCACGCGCUAUGUGGAGGAGACCAACGCUGCGGCGGACAAUCUGGGGAGCAACCCGACGUGGGAGUCUCUGUCUGUCCAACUGCAGGAGACGGCUCGCAAUGUUCUUGGCGAGACUCGUCAGUUCGCAGCUCUGUCGUGGAUGGUUGGCCAUCGCGCGGAGGCGUCCCGGCAUAGGGGCACGAUCGGCGAGUGGACAACGCGGAGGAGACAAGCAGCUAACGAUUCAGAGUUGCAGUCAGCAUGGUCGGGGCUCCGCCGUGCCCGUGCUGCCUACAGACGGGACAAGCGACGGUGGCAGCGAGCAUGGCACGAUCAGCUUGCAGACGAGAUAGCUGCUGCCGAGGCCAUGGGCGACGAGAGAGCCGCCAGCGAGGGCCUCAAGCGCGCUGCUGCAACGGGCCGGCGGCGGCCCCCGCCCGUGGCGGUCGAGCAGCUGACGUCCGUUGCGGCCACGGUCGGGCAGGACAGAUACGAGCGCACAGAGGUGGAGAUCCAAGACGCCAUCGGGCGCCUCAGGGACCGCCGGGGACAUCCUCGAUUCAAGGCCGCUGCCGACCGUCUGGGCAGGCCCCUGGAGGACGCUGAGAUUUCGAGUGCUCUCAAAAGAAUCAAGGAUAAGACGCCAGGAGACGACCAGAUCCGUAUCUCGUUCAUCCGCAAAGCAGGGGGCCGCAUGCAGAAGGCGGUGUUCGACUUGGUGAGGCGCUUUUGGAAUGAUCCCGAGGGGGGCUGGGGGGAACUUGUGUGGGUCGGGGUCAUGGUGCCUCUCUUCCCGGAAAGGUCCCGGAAAGGCCUGCGGGAAGGAUUUGCGAGCGGCCCUGUCCUCUUCAAUGUGUUCCACGCGGAGUCGAUGACGACGGCCUGGGAGCUGCGCUACGAGUCGGCACAGGCCUCCGACACCCCUGUCGGCGCCCCCUGGGUGUGGCGCCCGGGCGCUCUCAAGCCGAACCACCGGGGCAAUCGGAGGCGGCUGACUGGCCUUCAGCACCUGCGAUUCGAGCACAUCUUGUUUGCAGACGACGCAACCCUCAUGCACGAAAGGGGAAGAGAGGGCCUCCGGUGGCGCGUGGCCAAAUACAACAUCAACAUGGCCGACGUCCGGGCGGAGCUCGGCGUGAGGCUAAGGGCCGGGAGCUAUGGCGCACUGUCGUCCGGGCGCACUGUGCCGGGCCUGAUGCCGCUGACGCGAGAGCCGCUACUUGGAUUCGUCAUGGACGCGUCUGGCGGCGACCUGCAGGUGACGUUCCGCAUUGUGUUGGCGCGCGGGGCCGGGGGCCUCCGGGCCUGCCGCGGCGCGGCCCGCGCGCGAGGGUCUGUAUUCGUGGACUGGUGCCCCGCGGGCUCCCCGGCUGGGAGGGGGUUCACUGCCGCCGGCGGUGGGCCGGAAGUGACCGGACAUAAAUGUUCCCAGCGGUCCUACGACGUAAUCGAGCGCUUGAUGCAGGCAUACUUGGACGACCUGAGUGGUCACGACGGUAGCCGCGGGUGGCUGCGCGAGGUGGCGAGGGCGCGGCAGAAGUUGAUGCGCGCCCUCCAGGGGAACGGGCCCCAGUGGGGCUACGGCGGCAAGGGGCGGAGUGGCAAGGGGAAGGGCGGCAAGAUGAAGGGCAAGUACCGCGGCCGCAACGAGGAGAAGGAGGCGGAGGCGGAGGCGCAGCGGAGGACAGAGGAGGAAGAGGCUGCCGAGUGGGCUUCCCUGCAGCGUCGGAGGCCAGCGCUGUUUGCCGACGAGUGGAACGUGGCCGUCUGCUCCGCGGAGGACCUCACCCGGGCCGGGGGGGUGGCAAUGGCUUGCGAGACCGGGGUCGGACAGGUCCUCGUGCGCGUCGAGCCCACCUUGCGGCCGACCGCAAUUCUGACGACGAGGCCGCUGCGCGAGCUCGGGUGCAAGGGGUACUCUUCCACGCUCGUCACCUUCAACAUGCAGGUCUUCGACGAGACGGUGGCCGAGCACAGGACGAUGGUGCGCAUCGUGGUCGACGUCGACAGGGCUGCCUUCGAGUGGGCGCCGGACACCGUCAUCGCGGCCAUGCGCGUCGCGGACGCCAUCAAGGGCUGCGCCGGGGCCACGGUGGACAUGCACGAGAUCGUGGUCAGGGGCGGCGGCUCCGCCACGGUUCGCGUCCCGUCUUCUCUCGUGGGCGAUCUCAUGCAGAAGUCGGGCCGUCAGGGAGCCUAUUCCAAGCCCGCUUUCGACGAGGUGGAGGGCGUGGCGGCCUUCGUGCUGUGGCUGGAGCCCGGGCUCUCGCACGAGGAGGCCCUGGACGUCUGCGACGCGAUGUCCAGCAUCGGCUUGCUGAGAAGAUGCUGGCCGAUUUCGUGGGAGGUGGCGGAGCUCGUGUACGCGGACAGGGACGCGGCGCAGGGGCAGGCCCUGGUCUACGCGAAGACUGCGCCGCCGGCGGCGAGAUUCCAGGUGGAGCCGAGUGCGGGCGAGCCGUGCCUGGUGUGCAUCCGUGCGGUCGGGCGCCUCAGCCAGCAGAAGAUUGAUGCGGCUGGGCUGCGCGCCUGCUCCCGCAUGGCUCCGGCGGCCUCCAGUGCUGCCUCCCGUGCAACAGCGGGGGCGAAGGGCCAGGCCCAAGGCGCGCUCCAACGGGCGCAGAGGGGCUGCUGGUUGGUCGCUGGCCUCUGGUACCUUUUACUUGUACUUGGGACUGCGUUUUCGGCGCGGUGGAGGUGCCGACAUCCUUGGCUGAAGACGGUGGAGUGGCACCGCGGCGCGUGCGCCCUCCACGGCAACAUGAAGCUGCGCUUUGUGAACGUCUCGGGCCUCAAGUCGCAAGGGCGGUGGGCGAAGAUUGCCAAUGUGACCGCGGGCGUCGUGGCCUUGACGGAGACCCAUGCUGACGAGGCUCUGCAACAGGAAUUGCGGCAUGAUGAUGAGAGGUGGUGGAUGCUUUGGGGCCGGCCUGCUACGGAGGGGACCUUCGACGGCGUCGGCAUCUUGGCGUGGCGGCAGUCUUUUCAGGCGAUUCGGGAGGUCGUUUUCGACGUGGGGAGCCCGUGCCGCAAAUGCUAUGAGGACCGGCUGAUGGCGGCGACUCUCUGGACAGGAGAUGGCAAGCAAUUCAUCAUUGUAUACGUGGUGUACGGGCCGUCGGGGGCACGCACCGACAGUGCGAAGCGAGCGUAUCUGACGAACAUGCUCGAGGCGGUGCUCGCGGACGUGGUGGCUCGAGGUCAAGUGGCCUGCUUCGUGGGGGGGGACUUCAACGCCGAGAUUUCGGACACAGCCGAUUUCCAGGAGAAGCUGCGCAAGUCCUGGUGGCAGGAGGGCUAUGACUUCUGCGCAGAGAGCCAGCUGGACAUCCCCACCUGCACCCAGGGCCGUGGUUCGCGCAUCGAUCGCGUCAUCAUGAACAUUGAUGCUUCUGCCUUGGUCAAGAAGUGCGAGAUCGACGCCACAGCUGGGCUGCCCGUGCACCGCCCGAUCGACAUGAUUAUUGAUGUGCCGCUAGCGCAGCAAACCAUCCGACGGGCACGCAGGGUGGCGCGGGUCCCUCUUCCUGGCCGGCCGCCCUCAGAGUACGUGCCUCCCCGGGACUACCCCAACCGGGCUUUUGAGCAGGCGCUGGAGGCGCGCGACAUGGAUGCUGCACUGAAGGCGUGGUGUGUCGUAGCCGAGUCUCACCUGCCGGACGUGGCGCCCAGGGGCGAGGAGCUCGCGCAGGCGCGCCGUGUUCGGGGGCGCGGCAAGAUCGCGAUCGAGGAGCGACAGGCUUUCCCGAAGGUCGUGCUUGACAGCGCCGCGUCCCGUGCCACCCGAGCCAUCCUGAAGGCCUGCGAGCGUGCCCGCGCCUCGGCGCGCAUGGGCCUUUCGUCCGUCCGGGCGGAGCGCGCACGUGCGGGAUUCCAGGCUGUGUUGUCGCACUGUCAGGAGCCUGUCGCCGACGAAGUCCGCGAGGCCAUGCGGUCGUCUUGCACGCAGACCGGGUGCGCCAGGCUCCACGAGACGUUGUUGAAUGAGCUCCAGCAGGUGCAAGUGCGCGAGAAGCGGGCUCGCAUCAAGAAUUGGGGGGAUGACUUGCGUGCCAAGCAGAGCAGAGCGUGCGAUUGGGUGAAGAAAGGGGGCCCCGCUGAGACCGGGGGCACCAUGAAGAGGCCGGGCGGCACCGCCGCCGCGAACAUCCCCGAGCAGCUGAACAUGGUCGCCGGCGCUUGGCGGCCCAUCUUCGCACGCAUCAAGCACAGGGAGCCGGCGGUGGAUACCUUCAUGGAGUACUUCGGGCCUCGCAUGCGGACGCACUCCUGGAGGACGGAGCGGAUCACAGGUGACCAGCUCGUGAAUGUUGCGGCGGAUUUGCCGAACUCCUCUGGCGGCCUGGACUCCUGGGCGGCGGAGGAGCUGAAGGUCUUGGCUCGCUGGCAUCCGCGUCUCUUCGAUCAGCUGGCAUCUGUGCUCAACGCGGUCGAGGACGGGGCCCCGCGGCCCCGCGCGGUCACGCAGGGGUGCGUUGCUUUGAUCCCGAAGGACAAGACGGAUGCGGAGCUGGCGCCGACGGCCCUCCCCAUAACGGUGCUGAGUAUCCUAUGCCGUCUGUGGGCGAAGCUCCGCUUCAACUGCGCCAUGGGCUCCUGGCAGGAGCACUGGGUGCCCGAAGGCAUUUGGGGGUGCCGCCGGUGUCGGGGAGCUGAGGGCCUCUUCCUGGGCGUGGCGCUCGACAUGGAGCAGGGCGGCCAGGGGGUGCGCGUCGGUGGCGCCAGCUGCGACUUGAAGAAGCGAUGCUUCCGCAUGCGGGGGGCCAUGGGCGCGACCUUCGAGAUCUUCGGUGGCAUCGUGCAAGGGUGCCCGCUGUCCAUGAUGGGCCUGAACGCCUUCAUCAGUUGCUGGGUCGAGGCCGUGCGCGCCAAUGUGCCCAGCGUGAUCCCGCGAGCCUACGCUGAUGACAUGUCAGCGACGAGCAAAGCGAGGAGCGGAGCGAGGCUCGUUAAGAACAUCCAGAACAUGCACGCCAUCACCCGCGAGUGCGAGAGGAGGACCGGUGGCCAGGUGUCGGCGGAGAAGAGCUUCACUCUCGGCGAUGUGUGCCUACGCCGCAGCCUGGAUGGAGUUGACGGCCACGAGCAUAUUUUCCGGCUCGUGGGAGGUCCUGUGGCAGGCCGUGCGGAGGGGGAGGCGGAGUCGUGGCCGCAGCUGGUCGAUCAGCGCAUCGCGACGUACACGGCGACGGCGCAGCGCAUGCGCAAGGCCCCAGAGGGCUUCCACGGCCGUGUCCGGAUGCUCCGGGCCACAGCCUCGCAGGUCAUGGAAUGCGCUGAGCCCCGGCCCUUCGUCGAGCAGAUGGUGCACGAGGAGCAGCUGGGUGUGAACAGGUGGUGCCAUGACCUGCGGGAUGCGUGGCGGCGGAGGCUCUGGCGCCAACUGCCGGAGUUGCGUGCCACGCACAGAGGCGCCGAGCAUGGUGUGGACCGUGAGAAGUUCACCAGCUAUCUGCGGAGGUUGCAGGCGCAGGCUGAUCGGCUUCAGCGCAAGCAGGACAGUGGAGAUUUACAGGACAUACCUUUGUCUUUCGAUGAUCCUCGGGCGAAGCUGGGCGUGCUGCGCCGUCUUAUGGCGGGAUCUCUGCUCGCGAGUGACAGGCUGGCCCGUCGCGCGGGCGCGGCGGAAGGCGUCGUGUGCUCGUGUGGCCUCGGCGGGGGGGCCGUCGUCCACGUCUCCUGGGCGUGCCCGCACCUGAGCACUUGGCGGGGGCAAGCCCUGGCUGCUUUGGGCGGGCCGUGCGCCGACCAGCCGAUGUGCUUCCAGUGCGCGACCAUCGUGCCGGAGGCCUCCAUGCUGACCGCGGAGCAGGUGGUUGAGAUCCAGAGCUCUUUGGUAGACGUGUGGCAACAUCGCAUCCACGCCUGGCACGAAGGUGGCGGGGGGGAGGAGCCCGGCCCAGGGCCUGGGCCGCCCGGCGCGGGAGGGCGGCGACGGCUGACGCAGAAAUCCGCGCCUGCCGGCGAUGUGCCGCUGCCGCCGCCUGCGCCAGGGCGAGCUGUCCAGAGGGGCGAGAGUGGUCCCCGGAGGCGAGGCGCCGGGGCGCGUGGCUCUGCCAACACGGACAACGGCCACCUCAUCCAUCUGAUCCUUGGCGGCCGCGGGGUCUUCUGCGUCAAGUGCGGCAAGCAGACCGCGGAAAUGAAGGCGAGGGGGCAGAAGAUCACGAGCAAGGCGUGUCCGCAGAAGGAUCUGCCACAAUCGCAGUGGCUCUCGCAGCCUGGCGUGCGGCGGAGCUCUGUGCGCUUGCAGAUCGUCGAGACGGAGCUUCAGAAGUGCAGCGCCGGCAAGCACCAAUUGAAGUGGAAUGGCAAGCUCGGGGAGGUGCCGUUCGCAGAGGACGAGAGCCUCAUCUGGUGCACUGUCUGUGAGCGCCGCUGGUACUGGAAGGACAGGGCGAGCAAUCUGGCGCGCGCCAAGUGCGACGGGAAUCCGAAGGCGGCGAACCGGGGGCGGCAGAAGAGCACGCAGGGCAUCCAGAAGUGGACGGCCGCGCAUGCGGACAGCCACGAACUCAUCUACGAGGCGGAGAACCUGCGCUGGAAGUGUGGUACAUGCAGUGUUCAUGGAGCCCUGGGUUUCGGGGCGCGCUUCGAGGCUGCCGUGCGCGACUGGUGCCCCAUGGGCUUCAAGUGCGGUAUCAACUGUCAGGCUCCCGCAGUGGUCCCUGGUGGCGACCUGGCCAAAGUCAUGCGUGCCUGCUGCGUGAUCAGCAACUCCACCGCCAUCGCAGAGGUCUUCUCGCGCAUCGACCACAAGUUCGACCUGAUGUACUCGAAGCGCGCGUUCGUGCACUGGUAUGUGGGCGAGGGUAUGGAGGAGGGUGAGUUCUCCGAGGCUCCCGAGGACCUGGCGGCUCUGGAGAAAGAUUACGAGGAGGUGGGUAUCGAGACCGCGGAGGGUGAGGGCGAGGAAGAGGGCUAUGGCGACGAGUUGCGCAUGUUCGAUGCUUUGUUCCACGCGCUGGCGCCAUCUUUCGAGUCCACGCGGGCAGCGAGGGCGGGUGCAGGCGCCCCCGCAGCGCCGGCCGCCUCCAGCCCGGCCACCUUCGAGUCCUACAUCUCCGGCAUGCGGGCGGCCAUCAGCAGCAUCGACCAGAUGCCAGCGGAGAGGGCGCGGGCAGCGAGGGCGGGUGCAGGCGCCCCCGCAGCGCCGGCCGCCUCCAGCCCGGCCACCUUCGAGUCCUACAUCUCCGGCGUGCGGGCGGCCGUCAGCAGCAUCGACCAGAUGCCAGCGGAGAGGGGCACCUACUACGACGAGCUGGAGCAGGCCUCGCCGGACCACCUCCGCGCCCCGCAGCAGCCCACGCUGGUGCAAGAAGAGUGGUCGGUACCGACUCUGCCUCGCGACGAUCUGGGCCCGCGGGGCGGAGUGGCGAUGGUGCCCAAGAGGCGCAUUCCGGCCACUCUUGCUCGUGUAGGCCAGACCGCCCCGUCCACGAUCUGGGUCCAGCGUUACCUCAUCCAGCUGGGGCGCGACGCGGCCAACGUCGUGAGCGUGGCCACGGAAGGCCUGCUAACCAUCCAAGAGACAGUGGCCAUGAUCAAGGCUGGUCUCAAGUUCGACUCCGAAACGGGCUGGAACAGCGAGCUCAUCACCGCACUCGUGGUGUCCGAUUUCUUGAAGAAGCUCGCAGGGGAGUGCGCCUUCUCCGACAUUGCUGUUCGGCAGGAUGGCUCCUCCACCGCCUUGGUCGCGUCCAGCAAAGUCGAGGGCCUCUUGAAGUCCAGCGGCCAGGCUGGAGUGUACUCGAAGACGCAUCCUUCCGUUGCGAGCCCAGAUUUUUCUCUCGAGGUAGCGUGGCUGCCUGCCGGCACCGCCGUCCACGAGGUCUUGCAGUUCGCCGCUGCGGAGGCCGACAGCUGGGGCGUCGCCAAGAAGGCCAGUGCCAAGUCUCCUCUCUUUGGAGCGCGUUUCCGGAACGCCGCCAAGGUCGCAGCUUUCCUGGCGAAGCACGACUUCGAGGACACCGCUGUCUUGGGGCGCCUCCGGGUGGGCGGGCUCUCCUGCGAGUCCAGCGCCGCGGGGGUCACGGCGAUGCUUCGCCAGGUCCAGUGGGAGAUCGCCGACGUUCCCUAUCUGGGGACAGGGCGCGCCAUCGUCUUGUCCAAGGCCGUCCCGCCUGGCCCUCGCAUGAAGCUCGUCAGGGCGGAUGGGGCUGACGUCCUGCCCCAGACCCGCGCGGCCGCGUCCAAGGCCGAGGAGCUCUGCAAGGCCACGGGCGUCGCCCGCCAGUCCACCGACGCAGACGGCGAAGGUUUGCAGGCAGUCUCAGUGUCCAAGCCCGCGUCGUCCUUCGAGGUGCGGGCUCAGGCCGCAAAGCAGAGCGCCAGGGCGAGCGCCAGGGCGAAGGCCGUGGUUGCGCUCGCCCAGCCCUUGACGUGGCACUGCGACGGCGUGGGGCGCAUGGUCCAGGCCGAGGCAGACGGCUGCGCAGGUGGCCGGGGGAGGUUCCAGUUCAUCUUCGGCGACGCCGUGGCUCCUGGGGCGCACUCUGGCGCUGGCAUGGUCGCGGGGCCCGACUUGGUCCACAGGGUCCGCUUGGUGCAGCCCCCUGCGGCAGCAGCGCCAUUUGUCAGAGCCGGCCGAUUGGCGCUCUACCAUCUUGUUCUUCAGGGGGGCCCUCGGCGCAAAUCCGACACCGGAGAGGGGCCAGUCUUUGUUUUCGUUCUUUACGGUGACCAGCAUGAUCCACGUGCUUGCGACGAGCUGCUAUUAGCCAUCGAGGACUGGUCUUCUGCGCUGAUGCACGCGCCCGUGCUGAUCUUUGGCGAUUUCAGCGCCAUCGUGGAGGAGUCGCGCGCCCUGCGGCGCUGGCAGCCCACUGGCAGCUUCCACGACCUGUUCCUCGAGUGCGCCCUCGCGCAGGGGGUAUUUGCCGCUCGUGACGCGCCAGUGAUCGAUCUGUGCGUGCAAUCAUUCUUGCAGCAGGUGGGCAAGCGGAGCGUGCCUCAGCCGCUGCCCGUCGGCAAGUGCCUGGUGCCCCACAGGGGCUUGGAGCAGAUCCGUUCGUUGAAACAGCAGGAGUGGGACGCCCUUGUCGCGAUCGUGGAACCUGGGCGGCCGGCCGAGGCGGGUGACAGUAAGGGGCGUGGGAAGGCUCUUUCAAAGCUGUUUGAGCUGUGGGCGCCUCGAAAGAUGCAGGCGCAUGGGCCUCAGAAGGUCGGGGCGUGGGACAACCUGCGCGACUCGCUCUGCCGCUUCUUCAUCAGUGAACGGCGUUUCCCUCAUGCUCUCCUCCCGCGAGGCAUGCCGAGUGACGCAGAGUAUGCUGCGGUCGCCGACCAGCAGACCGGCAAAUUGCAUCGCUUCACGGUCCGAGCGGAACGAAGGCAGAUGGCCCGGCGCACUCGCCGGUUCGCCUACGUGGCUGGCCAGGAUUUGGCGCCGCCUCAUUUUGUGAAUGUUGCCCCAGGGGGAGCUCCGCCGGAGUGCACUACGUCCAUUCCGGUCAUCGACGAGAAGCCUUUCCCGUUGCGCCCCAUUGCGGCUUCUGACAUACGGUCGGCCUUGGCGAAGAGCAGGGGCGGCCCAGGAGGAGAUGCCUGGACGUCCGCUCAAUUGCGGGCGGUCCCGGAGCUCUUCGACCAGCUGGCGGCGCUGUUCAUGAUGACCGAGAGGGCCUGCGUGAACCCCUCGGAGCACUUGUCUGGCGGCGUCACUUGUAUCCCUAAGUCUGGCUCCUCGGGGCAUUUCGCGGAGCUGCGACCCAUCGCUGUGCUGGCUACGCUCUGUCGCCUCCACGGCGCGCUGCGGCUCCAGACGACAUAA